CAACAGUAAGCCUUUCUCCAACAAGGCAUAACACUGAAUAUAUAAAAGGCUGCUUAGAGACAAGUUGGAACAAUAGUGCCAACAUCAGACGCAAAUAGAGAAACUGCCAGAGAAAUUCCACUGAAUUCAUCCAGCGGUUUGAGAUAGAAAGAUACAAGGGCAGAGGAAGAAACAGAAGGAGAGCAAUGAUCAUCUGGGGUAUUUUGACUUCUCUGCUUGUGGGCAUUUUGAUCUUGCAGUAUCUGAAUCAGCUCUGGUCAAGCAGAAAUUAUCCUCCUGGGCCCGUUCAGCUUCCAAUCAUUGGAGGACUGUGGCGAGUAGGUAGGACGAUUACUCAAGAUAAGUUAAUGAAGAUGGCAAAGCAAUACGGAAACAUGUACACAUUAUGGGCAGGCUCAUAUCCUAUAGUUAUCCUGUCUGGAUACCAAGCUGUGAAAGAGGGGCUGAUCAAUCAUGCAGAAGAGUUCAGUGGGCGACCCGUGACUCCUGCAUCUCAAGCCAUCUGUAGAAACGGGGGUUUUUUGACAUCAAACGGUCACACUUGGAGGCAGCACAGACGGUUUGGGCAAGUUACCCUACAAAAGUUGGGUUUGGGGAAGAAACAUACAGAGGACGUGAUAGAAGAGGAGGCCCUUGGACUUGUGGAGGUGUUUGCACGUACAAAGGGGCAUCCCAUUGACCCGAUGCUGCCUGUGACAAGUGGGAUCUUCAAAGUGGCCUGCGCUGUGGUUUGGGGAAACCAGUAUCAUUAUAGCGAGAAGGAAACUCAGACAAUCAUAGAACACCUUGCCAUGUUUGCCGAAUUUGGAGACAGCAUCUAUUAUAUUCUUUAUGAAAUGAUGCCACGGCUCAUGGAACAUUUCUCAACACCUUUCACAAGGGCAGUUGCCAUAAGAGACUCGGCAAUUGCACUUUUAAAGGAGGAGAUUGCAAAACACAAAAAGCAUGAGAUGCAACAUUAUCCCCAGGAUUUCACUGAUUUUUAUCUGCAUCAGAUAGAGAAAACCAAGAGGGAUCCUGACUCUACUUUUAAUGAAGAUAAUCUGGCUCAAUGUAUUCUUGAGCUCCUUGCCGCAGGAACAGAAACUACUGGCAGUACUCUGCAAUGGGCACUCUUCCUCAUGGCAACUCAUCCAGAUAUCCAAGAUAAAGUCCAUAAGGAGAUGGAGGAAGUUUUGGGUACCUCUCAGUCAAUCUGCUAUCAAGAUCGGAAGCAACUACCCUACACCAAUGCUGUGAUUCAUGAAGUUGUACGUGCAAAAUAUGUCUUUCCUCUUGGGGUUGCUAGACGAACUACCAAAGAUGUGACUAUGUAUGGUUAUUCCAUUCCCAAGAGGACCAUUGUCUUGGCAGACCUGGCCUCAGUUCUUCUUGAUCGUAAGCAGUGGGAGACACCAGAAGAAUUCAAUCCCAAUCACUUUUUAGAUAAGGAUGGACAUUUUGUAGCUAGAGAAGAAUUUCUGCCAUUUGGAGCAGGUACUCGAGUGUGUCCAGGAGAGCAGUUGGCACGGAUGGAGCUCUUCCUUUUCUUUACUCAUCUGAUGAGAGCAUUCAGGUUCCAGUUCCCAGAAGAAACAGGCGAAAUGACCAAGGUGCCUGUGUUAGGGUUCACAUUCCACCCACAGCCAUAUAAAAUUUGUGCUAUUCCCCGCUCUGAUUCAUCACAAGAAAAAUUGAAAUAAGCUCCUUACUUAUUACUAUAUAUUCAUCUGUCAUACUUUUUUAUUAUUUUAACAUUGCACAAGGGUGUUUUAAUGGGUUGUCACAUGCAUUGUGUGCCUUCUAUAAUAUAUGGUGACGCCAAGAAAAACCUA